AUGUGGUAUGAUCUUAUGGCUGAAUCUUAUAAAAAACUGAUAGUUCAACGACUAGAAGAAGUGAAACAAAAAAAUAAACAUAUUGCAGCCAUCUACAACAAUUACUCAAAGUUAGGCGAAGCAUUAGAGAGGAAACAUAAAUAUGGAACGACGCAUACGGGUGGUUACUCCAAAGAAAACGAAGAAUUACAACGAGUAAAAGAUGAAAUGGCGGAAUUAUAUCGAUCGAAGUGCCAAAAUGAUCAACGACUUAUCAACGCAAAUCAUGCAAUCACUGAGUACGAGAGGAAAACCAGUGAAUUGAUGGCGGAAAAAAUAAAACUAGAAGCCACGUCGAGCCAACUCUCAGGAAGAUAUGCACGUAUAGAAGUGGAACUUCACAAAAUAAGAAUUGACAAUGAGCAAUUGAACGACGAACGGAUAGCUACUAAUACUACGGUAACUAUGCUAACAAAACAAAUACAGGAAAUGGAAAACGAUCGGAUUCAUUUUUUGAAUAAGAUUCGAGAACUGAAUGAGACAAGAAUUGAUUUGCUGAACGCAGAGGUCGCACAGGAAGAACAAAGACGGCAUUCGCGAGUUCAGGAAAUGAUAACUAAUGUGGUACAAGAUGUGACGGAGAAAGAUUUUAAAUUAGAAGCCAUGUUGAAAAGAAUGCCAGAAACGAAUGCUAGCGGGGACUUACUUCUUGGCGAUAGUCUUCCGUCGAGGGCCGAGUUCAACUUUGAGUGCGACGAGGGAGAAGUAAACGAUGUACAUUGGCUGGAUGGGGAAACGUUCGCUACUGGAGGAUCGGAUAGGAAAAUUAAGAUUUGGAAGACUGAUGGGCAUGGAGGACAAACAAGAAUCGAUUCUCUUGCUGGAAGCAAUGCAGCCCUAACAAGAAUUGACUACGAUCGUGAUAGAAAGUUUCUGAUUGCGUCUUCAAACGACAAGAAUGUUAGAAUUUGGAAUCUUGACACAUCACGUUUAAUGAGUACGCUGUCUGGACACGCUGAUCAAGUCACAUGCAUCAAGUUCUACCAGUCACAUUCUGCCGUAUCAGGGAGUGCGGAUAGAGUUAUCAAAAUUUGGGAUCUUCAGAACCAAAGAUGUAGUCGAUCACUGUUCCCGGCCUCUAAGAUUUUGGAUGUUGCUACUAACAUGGGAGGGAGUCCAUCUCUGUUUGCUAGUGGUCAUUUCGACAAGAAACUUCGAUUCUACGAUGGUAGAUCAACAGAUCCAGUAAAAACUGUGGAGAUGGGAGGUAGAAUAACUUCUUUGGAUGUCACUAUGAGCGGAUGUGAACUUCUGAUUUCAACCCGAGACGACACAAUCACUAUGAUUGAUUUGCGCACGUUUCAGACAGUUCACUGCUACAGUGCUGAGAACUACCGUACAAGUUCGGAUCUUUCGAGAGUUGUUUUGUCGUCUGGAAAUGAGUAUGUAGCGGCUGGAAGUUCAAACGGAUCAAUCUUCAUUUGGAAUAAAGAAAGCACGAAACUGGAGAAACGACUGUCUAGCAGUUCUGAUAACGCCAUCUUCUCCUUAUCCUGGAACCCAACUGGAUACGGUCUCCUAUCUUCAAGCAAGCAGAAAGUUGUGACUUUAUGGAAAUAA